UUGCAGUACUAAUUAAUUAGCAGUAGUAGUACUGAUUUAUCGCAUGCUUAAUUGUCAUUAAUUGUAAGGGAUGUUAGAUGCAUGGGGAGAUGGGGGAGAAACAAACCAAAACCAUGCAAAUCAUUAGGGGUAGUCCCGUCAUUUCACUCGCAACCAAUCAUAUUCCUCUAACCUUCUGCACCGAUAAAAACAAAACCCAAAACCUCUUAUAAACCUCGCUCCCCCUCCCCACAUCCAAGCCCUCUCUCUCUUUCUGUUUCUGUUUCUCUCUCUCUCUCUCUCACUCUCACUCUCUUUCUGCUCUGCGAUUCUCUAAACUUUCAAUGGCAGACCCAGCUAUCUACGACUUCCUAAACCAUCCCACCAAUGCUUCCUCAAAACCCACCAGAAAGCCAACACAGAGACAGCCCAUGACAGCUUCCUCGUCUCGCUUAUUCCCUUGCCUCUACUGCCCUCGCAAGUUCUACACCUCCCAAGCUCUCGGUGGUCACCAAAAUGCCCACAAGCGCGAGCGAGCUGCCCUUCGCAGAAGCUACCCCACUGACCGCUUGGCUAGCUCUCUCCUCCAGACCGAACCGCCUGCAAACCCGGUCCCACCUUUUGUGGAACAGUUUUGGCUCGACCCCAUUCAGUCCACCCACCACUUUAACCGCGCCUCAACCUCAGUUCCUCUUGGUGGCCUUCAUGGAAAUGCAACUCCAGAAGCUCUCUCUCCAGUCUCCUCUGAUGCUACUCAUGACCACGUAAACCUUGACCUCACCCUUCGCUUAUAAAUGUCUCUAGCUUUUAAGACAAACCAAAACAAACUUAAUGAAGUGUUUUCUUCGUUAUUUUUCCCCCUGUUGCUAACCUUUUGGGAGUAGUUCUGGUUUGGUGGGUUUUGAACCCUUGAAGUGAGUAAUUAAGAAGUGAGAGUACGUUGAAAUAGAGAGGCUUUUAGCUAAUGGGAGAAAGAGUUGGAGGGGAGGCUUUUGCUUUGCGUAUAAGAAGGUGAUGGAGGGAUUGAUGAUCAGUUUAAGGGGUUUUUUUCGGGGAUUAGUUUUAAAGUUGAUUCAGAAUUGGUAGUUUUACAUAUCUAUUUAUGAUGUGUUUGUUUGGGUUUUGGAACUCUGGAAUAUUGACAUGUUUAUUUGGCUUUAAGUUUUGAAGUUGAUGCAUCUUAUGCUCUGAUC